ACCAAGUCUCUCUCUCCUCUCCCUGUCUCUGUAAUGGAGAUUUUGAAUCCCCAGUUAAUAUUUCAAGAUUGGGGCAACAACGUUUGGGUUUUCUGUAGAUCAAGAAAAUCACCUCAGAUUUCAAAUUGAUCCGCCAUUGCCAAGGAAGUAUUCUAUUCAUUUUUUUUGAAUUCCUGAUCGAAAUUGAAGAUGGGAAUACAGGGGCUACUGCCUCUUCUGAAAUCAAUAAUGAACCCGAUUCACAUUAAGGAAUUGGAGGGAUGUUUCGUUGCCGUCGACACAUAUUCUUGGCUGCACAAGGGUGCUCUUUCGUGCAGCACUGAACUCUGCAAAGGCCAGCCCACUUCCAAGCACAUCGAUUACUGCAUGCAUAGAGUGAAUAUGCUGCGUCAUUAUGGUAUUAAACCCAUUCUUGUAUUUGAUGGAGGUCCUCUACCAAUGAAGAGUGACCAAGAAAUCAAGCGGGCGAGGUCCAGGAGGGAAAACCUAUCUCGCGCUGAGGAGCAUGAGUCGAAUGGAAAUCUGAGUGCUGCUUACGAAUGCUACCAGAAGGCUGUUGAUAUAUCACCUUCAGUUGCCUAUGGCCUUAUACAGGUCUUAAAACAGGAAAAUGUGUCAUAUAUUGUGGCUCCCUAUGAGGCAGAUGCACAAAUGACAUUCCUGGCACUCAGCAAACAUGUCGAGGCAGUUAUAACAGAAGACUCAGACUUAAUAGCAUUUGGUUGUCCCAGGAUAAUUUACAAAAUGGAUAAAUUUGGGCAAGGUGUUGAGUUCAAGAGUGCCACGCUACAAUACAACAAAGAACUAAAUUUAGCAGGAUUCACCCAGACGAUGCUGCUUGAGAUGUGCAUUUUAAGUGGUUGUGACUAUUUGCCGUCCCUGCCUGGAAUGGGCCUGAAAAAAGCUCAUGCUCUGAUGAAGAAGUUUAAAAGUCAUGAAAAUGUAAUCAAGCACUUGAAGUACAAUAGCGUUGAGGUAACUCUGCUUUACGAAGAAUCUUUCAAGAAAGCAAUUUUGACUUUCAAGCAUCAACGAGUUUAUGAUCCCGUUAGUGAAGAUAUUGUACAUUUAUCUGAGCCAGCAGAUAUUGCCAUUGAAGAUUUAGAUUUCUUAGGUCCAUCAUUGCCCCAGCAUAUAGCUAAAGGUAUAGCACACGGGGACCUUGAUCCUUUCACUAAAAUGCCAAUCCAGAUGGAAUCUGGCACUGUAAGAAAGGUGCUUCAUGGAACUUACCAGAGCAAGAAUUUCAAGCCUGAUGGUGAAAGGAGAAGGCUUGAUUUGCCUGCACAGAAGAAUCUCCUUACCAACUACUUCUGUUUUGCAUCUCUCGAGGCAAAGAGGAAAUUCAAGGCUCCUAGAAUUACUCCCAAGCCUCCAAAUGAGAGCAAUAAAACUUCUAGUCCUUGCAUUGAUGCACAAAAGGUAAUACACGGCAAGAAAACUGAUAAUUUAGAGUUUAUAGAGGCAAAAGAUCAUGGAACAUAUGACGACAGAGGAGUUGCAGGUUACACUGAAAUGAAACCAAUUACCAUAGUUCAAAAUUCAGUAUGUAAGCCUUGUAUUUCAUUCCACAAGGAUCUCGACUCAGAUCGAAAAAAUGGAAAGAUGAUGUCGGUAAAUGAAAAUGGGAUCGUGAGAAGUCCAUAUUUUCUUAAAAAGUCUAGGGAUGAAAUUGGAAAGGAAAAUAGUUAUGAUGUUGAUAAGAAUGGCGAUAACAAAUUGAAUAAUGUUGUUUCCAGUGAUGUGCAUGAGCCUCUGUAUGCUUUGAAUGAGAAAACAUGCAGAAAAGACAAGAAAAUAGUUACUUUACAGAGUUCUUGUUUUCGGGAAAAUAUCCGAGAAAGUGUUAACUGUGAGAUAGAAAAAACCUUGGAGCAAUAUUCUGUCCAGACACACAGGCUUGAUUUUGAUGCUAUCGACUGCACAACUGUUGAUAGCAGAAAAAACAGGGCAAGGAGUUCUUACUUUGAAGAAAUUUCUGUAAGUGAGAACAAUGAGGACCCUGGAUCGGGAGAUUUGGUAAUUAGAGGUGGUUUUCAACGCCACCAGUCCUGCAAUUAUAGCGCUCGUGGAAGCCUGUCAAGUGAUAAUCCAUUAGAAUGCACAAUGAAGAAAAGAAAGAUUGCUCAAAAUGACAGUCCAACAAAGGAUGCAAAUGAUAACAACCACACGUCAGGUACAUCCACUUCUGACCUAGACGAGGAUACGAGAGUUGAAGAAGGAAAGUUUGGUUGCAACAUAAGUCAUUUGGGGCGUUACUCUAAUAUAGCAGAGAAAUCUAUGGAAAAAUUUGUCUCAGUGCUAUCGUCAUUCAGAUACAACUCAUCAGGCUCUCGUGCUAGUGGUCUUCGUGCACCUCUCAAAGAUAUAAAGAACAAUUGCAUCAAAAGCUCAACGGCGGACAUGGAUCUGGGGAAAUUUGCAUAUGCACCCACCAAACAGCCGACAGCAUCCAGAUGUCAUAAAACAAAAGUUUAAACAUAUUGUUGAGAAUUUCCUUGUCCUGAUCACCGUUCAUGCUGUUCAAAUAUUCAGCGGAGCGAACUUUCAGGCUUUCAGUCGCUCAUCCAUGUCUCGACAUUCGUUGGAUAUUUUUGGAACGCAUGCUUAUGGUGCUGGGAGGCCACCUGCAUUGAUGACUAUGGUUCUUAAAUUCAUUUAAAGUGCCUGGAUAUCCAUCAACAUUGUUCCUCUCCUAAUUUUAUUAUAUAACUUACAAUUGGAAUAUAACUAAUUCCGGAAUCAAACGAUUUAAAAGUUGAGCUUCUCAGCAGAAAAAUGAUUUGUGUAUGUUACGCUGACAGAAGGGAGAAUGCCCAUUUUA